CGCAAGCGCCGUGGAUAUUAAAGUUCACAAACGAGAAUGCGAACUAUUCACGUAUGCAAUUAGGGUUAACAUCAAUGUUUAUGCGACAAGUGUCUCAUUUUAUUGUGUAAUUUUCCAGCCAAAAUCAUCAAGAGUCGUCGUCAUUCGUCGACAAAGAUAAGACGAUGUUUUUGAUUUAACGGACGCGGACACUUUUUUCAUUUCGGACACAAUUAUGAAAUUCCAAGUUCACAUGUCCGCAAAAAAAACGUUUCAAUGAACAAUUCACGCGUAUCCACCGUAGUGGAUUAAUGGAUAUCGUGAAUUUAGAGAUUUCGCUGUUGUGUCAGAGCGAUCGAGUUAUGCCGCUGAUCGAAAAUCAGUAGACGCGGGAGCCCGUUUGAUCGCUCGUGUGUCAAAUCAUGAAGGUGUUCGCGUUGCCAAUCAAGUUAGUACCAAUUAAUAAGUCCGUAGGAAACGAAACAUGGCAAACCACAAAAAACUCUUUAUCUGACGUGCAGUCAGCUUCAGUGAAACGACUUUUUAAUCAACCAAAUCUUAUUGUUAAGACGAUUCCUGCAAAUUCAGUAAACAAAUCCAUCAAUAAUGUAAUUGGGAAUAAAACAAACGCUACCAGAACAUCAAACAACAAAUCAAAAUUACCUGAGUUGUCGAUAGUAUCUGUGAGAAGUGAACAAAGCGCAUUGGACGAGCAGGAGGACAUACACCUACUGCCCUCGAAAAUAGAAAACAAGAAAUCGGAAAUUAUUCUGGUUCCUAUUAAAAGAGAAAGAAAACUAUGCGGUCAUUACGAGGACUGCGAAAAUAUUAUUUGUGACGUGACUAUACAACAGUACGUAGAAAACGGGAGAGUGUCGCCGAUAUUAGCAAUAAACAUAGAAGAGAACGAGAUAAACGCACCGCUUGGAAAGCACUGCGAGAACGAAAAAUGUGACGCGCUCAACAUAGAUCAUAAUCGCUGUCGUCGAGCGGCAAUAAUAUUAAACAGAUGCGACAAAAUUUCCGAGUGCGAUAUCUGCGGUGUGCAACUCCAAGGUUGGAAAUCUCGGUUUUAUCACAAAAAUUGUAAGAGAAAAAAUGAAUAUAGGCACAACAAUAUAAACAAAAUGGAUCUGCAGAGAGAAAGAAUGCGCGAACGAGAGCUGCAGAUAUUAGAACACGCAAAAUUUAGAAAAACCGAUUACUCGAAUCCCGAAAAGGCGAUGGAAGUUUUGCAAAACAACGAGGAAUUAAUAAUUAUACCGAAGAUACCGGUCAAUCAUCAAUACGGUCAAUUGUCAAGACAAAUUACAAUCCCGGUGAAUUCGGUGCCCAUUCAAUCGACCAAUAUGUCUAACAUUCAAUCUGUCAAUAUUAGUUCAAUUUACGAAAACGCUAAUCUCAAAAACGUUGCCAGAAGCGUGUCAUUUUCGGUGAUACCACAGAACACCAUUACGGUGGCACCACCGAACGCUAUCACGGUAACACCACAGAACACUAUCACGGUAAGACCACAGAAUGCUAUUACGGUAAAUCCGCAGAACACUGUUAUGGUGAAACCGCAGAACACCAUCACAGUUAAUCCUCAGAACACCAUUAUGAUGAAACCGCAGAACGCUAUUAUGGUAAAACCUCACAACACCAUAAUUUCGGGUACGCUGUUACCGAUAGAAAAUAACCCAUCAUCCAUAAAUCAAGUGAGAAUUGCGAAUCUACAACAACAGAACUACGUGACAUCCAAUUUGUCCGGAAUUGGUACUGUUACGACAGUCGCGUCUGUUAAUACUCCCAUUGUCACGCCUGUUAAUUCUCUCUCUUUUGUUGCUAACGUUAGUACUCCUGGUGUCGCGAGUGUCACUCCUUCUGUUGUUGUUGUUACUACUCCCAUUACAACUCCUGUGAAUUCCGUUGCCGUUGUUGCCGCGUCCGGUUCUGUCGCUACUACCGCUACCACUAUCGUCACCAGUACUGCUACUACUACGCUAACUAUACCUGCCGUUCCUACUCUUAGUUCUGGUGCUGCUCCGAUGGUUCGCAUCCCUAUUCAGCCACAAAACGCCGCCGUUCAGCCCGUAAACAACUGGAUCGUGACUGGAUCGCAGGUCAUAUCGACUCCGCAGGUUCAGCAUGUCUACAGACUGAUGCCUAUAACCAAUCUGAUAACGCCGCCGUCGUUGUUACAUCGCACGCAAGGAAUUCCCAAGUUUUGCAUCAUGACUAUUCCAACUACUUCAAGUGGUGUAACAGCGGCUGCAAUUGUAUCAUCUGAUGCCGUAGUGCCUCCCGCGACAGCUGUAACCACUGCUGCAAUUGUGUCAACUAAUGCAAUUGUGCCGCCUGUUACAGCCACAACAUCUGCCGCAAUUACGUCGACUAAUGCGAUAACGUCUCCCACGACAGCUGCUUCCAAAGCAAUUGGCGAGACUAAAGAUACGCAGUCCAAGGUCAAAGAAGUAGAGAAGAAAAUUAAAAGUCCAAAUACGCGUCUUAGAAGUAAACCGUCUAAAGAUGGUGUGCCGCAAGCUCCGUUGAAAUCGAAGUCACAGAAAAAGAAGGGCACUCUUUGUACCAUCUGCAAAAAAUUCAUUAAGACAGAUUGGUAUUAUAAGAUACACAUCGAUAGGCACCGAAUGUCGAAUGAUGUGCCGAACGAUGUGAACGUACGUUGUUAUUACUGCUUUAUUUGCAAUACGUAUUUCAACACGGAAUGCGACUUCAUGACACACGCGUUCGAGAAACACAACGGCCGAAUCACCAACUCAAGUAAAAUCUCAAAUAAGAUAGCCAUAGCGCCAAUUUCCGAUAUCAAAACGAGAAAACGGAAGUUGGAGGAUGAAAAAAAUUGCACGACGACGGAUCGCGACUCGGACACAAAUGUGAAAAAAGGAAAACCGGAAGACGCAAGAUCCAGCGAUCCGAGCGAGAACGAGGAAGUCAAUGACGAACUGGCACAGGACAACGACGACGAUGAAGAGGACAAUGAAGACGACGACGUCGAGUCUCUCGAAAGUGCAAACGCAAUCGACGAGCAAAUUGAUCAAGAUCCAACGACGGUUAACGAGAAGGAUAAGGAAGUAGAUGAAUUUGCUUUCGUUACUGUAAAAGAAGAAAUAGACACUAUAAAGUCAGAGAUAGAAGAUAUUGCUGAUGUUUCGGAAGAUGAGGAAUAUUUCAUUACACCUUCUUCUGAUCCUCUUGUUACAAAUAAUUGCACCAUUUGUAGAAAAUAUAUUGAUUCUAGUAAAACUAUUUGUUUAAAUUGCGAAUCUGCCAAUUCUGAAUUUUCUUUUGAAUCCUGUUUAUAAGAGAUUUAUUCGAAUAUAUAUAUAUAUAUAUUCGAAUGUGUAUGUGUAUAUAUAUAUACAUAUACACAUUAUUAAAAAUAUUAAAUAUUAAAAGAAAGACAAAAGCAUUCUGGCAAUAUGUUGUAUCUGCAGUCAAAUGUUAAAAUAUGUUAAUAUUAAAUAUACGUUUUUAUAUGGUGUGUACCAGAGUGUGGUGGAAUGUAUCUGAGGGAAACACAAAACACAAUUUAACGCUGACAUCGCACGAUCGAAAAUAUGUGCUUAAGUUGAUCAAAUAAUUUUACUUGUGAAUGUGUGAAAUGUCUGUGAAUCUCUUACUGUUUCAUCGAAAUCUGUUUUUGUUUUUUUUUCUUUUUAUUUGCAAAAAAUCAGUUUUAAUUUACGUAUAUUAUCUGACAAAAUGAAUGCGAAAUGUGACGCAAAUGUUGUACAGUAAGAUAUCAAAUUUUAUUUAUAUAAAAUCAUACAUUUGAUCCUAGUUAUUUUAAUAUUCUCUCUCGGAUGUGACGCGCAUAUCUGAAAGAUGUUCAAAUAAAACGUCGAGACACGCAAACUCUGACUGAGAGACGAACGGUCUUUCUACAAUUUUUAUAAGACGUUUAGAGAUAGCAUUAAGAUGUCAAAUCAGUGUUUUUUGAGUUGAUGUUCUUCCUUAGCGAAAAAAAAAAAAAAUGGUAAUUUACAAUUAUAUACAUAUUGUACCUAAAUGAUAAAAGAGAGAAGUUUUCUUAAUUAAUCUAUUUUUAAUAUUCUGAAAUUCUAAUGUAUCGUUAGACAAUAUAUGUAGUUAUGAGAUUUCAAAGUUUCUAAGAGAUUAAUUUUACUGUCUAGUUUUUUUCAAAAACAAUAUUGUUGAUGUAAAUGUUGUCGACUUUUUAUUUCAACAUUUGUAAAAAUAGUGUCUUUGAAAAACCGAUUUCGAAAAAAUCCACAUAAGUACGUAUAUAUAAUUUAACACUCGUGUGUUUUAAUUUAACGUGACAAAAUUUUUAUCCAAUGGAGCCUUACAUGUACCGACUAGUUAUGCUACGCAUAGGAACUGUGAUACCGAUCUUAUUUUGAAACAAACCUUCGCGAAGAGUUUUUAAGGCGAUCUCUCCUAAGUUAUUAAUUUCUCCGUUUUUCUCUAGAUGUAGAAUGCGAAAUCUGAUAUGUGCGUGUAAAUAUUUGCCUUCGUAGUUUUUACAAGUUAUAUUUUUAUAUUUUUAAGAUUUUUGCAUUUGUUAUAUUAAGUUUCGUUAUAUUAAGUUUCGUUUUUUUUGUACACAAUCACACAAAACUCUCCGUAUAAUAUACGUUGAUAAAGUAUAUUUUUCUUUAAUAAGCAUAUAAUAAUAUACUGUAAUUUAUCAAAAUAAGAGUAAAAUUAAUAAAUGAAUACAAAUCGGUUAUUUAUACGAUAAAAAUUUACUGACGAAUUUCAAGAAAACGAAGAUUUCUUUAGAGAAAAUCCAACGUGAAAAGAUGAAUAUUAUUUCUCACGACUGUUGUGUUAAUUUAUAAAAAAAAGCCAUUUAUUUUAAAUAAUUUAUGUUAAUAUAAUAGCGUUUUUAAAA